GCGUACUAAUCCAAUCCCUAAAUCACACACCUAGAUCCGUGCUCUUUCAGUGAUAUCAGAGCCUGGCUGGUAUGCCGAUUUUCUGAAGAAGUACUGUAAUCCGAAGAUGACAAGCCCUACGGACAAACAACAACCGCCGCGCCACAACAAGGAGAUCGUGACGAUCAAGGAUGUGACAACAAGCAAAUAUGACGCGAUGGCGUCGUCCUUGGAAAGCCUGACGGAGGUUACUGUGAGGGCCGCGGAGGCCUCAAGAGGCUCGAUUGGUGCAAUUGAAGCCAUGGGUGACCAGAUCAAGGCAUCCAUCGAGGAGAUGAGCAAGAGCGUGGCUGAAAACAUCUGCGGAGCCCUGACAACAACGAUGAAGGAGGUGCUAACCCAGGUUCUCAAGAACCGUGAGCAACCAGCAACCGCAGCCCUGGCGGUGACGGCGGCGGAGAAGCUGGCCGGUCGUGGUGGAGGCGACAUGGCGGCGACGAGCAAGGAGAAGCCGCCGAGCGGCGGCGCGGGAGCUGGAGUGGCCACGAAGGUGGUGAUUCCGGAGGUGGCGGCGGCGAAGGAGACACUGCCGAGCGCAGGUGGCGAAGCAGGGACGGUGCGGGUCUCGACCGCGAAGGUAAGCGCGCCAGAGCCGGUGUUCAGCGGCCCAAGCUUACUGCCGACACCAACGAACCAGGCCCACGACAAAGCCCGUGGGAAGCAGAAGAUGGUGGGGUACGAAGGAGAGCCGUGGCCGACUAGGCCCGACGGAGAGGACCCAUGGCCGAUUGGGCCCGGGGAGGAGGAUGAGCUUAGCUUCGCGGACCAGGAAAGAUGGAUGGACCCAGCCCCAGAGGAAGCGAGAUUGGGCUGGGUAUCAGACCCCAAGUCGGGUCAAACUGGACCGACCACCGAGUGGCCUACCGGUCGGACCAGAAUCGAUUGAAUCGGGCCAAACCGUGCCGGGCCGGGUCACCAACCAACGGACGACAGCUGGGGCGCACCGGGCAGGUGCUUCGAAAAGGGGCCGGAGUGUGGGUAUUCCUCAUAGAGUACACCGCGAGCAGGGGGAGGGCAAUGCCGAGGCUGUCGGUAAAUUG